AUGUGCCAAAGCCAAACAUAUUUAAACCCUUCGUAAAAUCUGUCCAGUCAAAUUAUCCUGCUUAGCCUAUAUUAAUUCAUAUUAAUUAAAACUGUUGACACCGAGUAAACAGAAGAUACUAAAGCAAGCAACUCAUGUCAAAAUAAGACUAGCAAACAUGUUUGGUACCAGUCAAAUCAAGGUUCGACAUUUCAGCUCGCUGCAACCGAGAGACCUCACCUGCGUCGGUCUCGACUUGCUGCCAACAUGUCCGCCAACGGCGGCCCCGCCCCUCCCAUUGAGAGCGUGCAACUCAAGAAGGAGAUCUCGCUGCUCAAUGGCGUCAGCCUCAUCGUCGGCAACAUGAUCGGCUCGGGCAUCUUCGUCUCGCCCAAAGGCGUCCUCAUCUACAGCGCCUCCUACGGGCUGUCGCUGGUCAUCUGGGCCAUCGGCGGGGUCUUCUCCGUGGUGGGCGCCCUCUGCUAUGCCGAGCUGGGCACCACCAUCACCAAGUCGGGGGCGUCGUACGCGUACAUCCUGGAGUCCUUCGGGGGCUUCAUCGCCUUCAUCCGCCUGUGGACGUCCCUGCUGAUCAUCGAGCCCACCAGCCAGGCCGUCAUCGCCAUCACCUUCGCCAACUACCUGGUGCAGCCGCUCUUCCCCACCUGCGAGCCCCCCUACGUGGCGUCCCGGCUCAUCGCCGCCGCCUGCAUCUGCCUGCUCACCUUCAUCAACUCCGCCUACGUCAAGUGGGGCACACGCGUGCAGGAUGUCUUCACCUACGCCAAGGUGGCCGCCCUCCUCCUCAUCAUCGUCACAGGCGUCGUCAAGCUGUGCCAAGGUUACACCACCAACUUCGACUCGUCCUUCCAGGGUUCGUCCACAGACGCCGGCAACAUCGCUCUGGCGCUCUACUCGGCGCUCUUCUCCUACUCGGGCUGGGACACGCUCAACUUUGUCACCGAGGAGAUCAAAAACCCAGAAAGGAACCUGCCUUUGGCCAUCGCCAUCUCCAUGCCCGUCGUCACCGUCAUCUACAUCCUGACCAACGUGGCCUACUACGCCGUGCUGGACAUGAGCGCCAUACUGGCCAGCGACGCCGUGGCCGUGACAUUUGCGGACCACGCGCUGGGCGUGAUGAGCUGGAUCAUCCCCAUCGCCGUGGCGCUGUCCUGCUACGGCGGCCUCAACGCCUCCAUCAUCGCAGCGUCCAGGCUGUUCUUUGUGGGUUCACGCGAGGGUCACCUUCCGGACGCCCUGUCGAUGAUCCACAUGCGGAGAUUCACGCCCAUCCCUGCUCUCAUCUUUAACUGCGUGAUGGCGCUCAUCUACCUGACCGUGGAGGACGUCUUCCAGCUCAUCAACUACUACAGCUUCAGCUACUGGUUCUUCAUGGGCCUGUCCAUCGCGGGACAAAUAUACCUCCGCUGGAAGGAGCCCGACCGCCACCGGCCCCUCAAACUGAGUCUGUUCUACCCGUUGGUGUUCUGCCUGUGCGCCGUGUUCCUGGUGGCCGUACCGCUCUACAGCGACACCCUCACCUCUCUGAUCGGAAUAGCCAUCGCCAUGUCGGGGGUACCCGUCUACUUACUCGGGGUCUACCUUCCCGAGUCCAAGCGCCCGUCCAUCGUCACCAAAGUGUUACGUUCUCUGACCCACUUGACUCAGUACACGUGCUUCUGUGUGCUCACGGAGAUGGACAAGAGUGAGUAGCAUCCCUAAGAGACUCAGCUACAAGACGGGUAAAAAAAAAAAAAAAGUGUUAUUGACAUCAGCUGACUCGUGCAACAGCUGGUUCUGCACUUCUUUACACUCUGGAAUCGAGCAGGAAGCGGUGCACUUGCACGUCUCUUAACUUAUUCCUUUUCUGUACACUGAUUACCUCCGACACCGAUGACUUGCCUUGUGACUUAUGCAGGUUUUUACCGCCUUUUCCUACAGUGCUGUACUCGCUUUUUUUUUUUGUCACUACACAGUAUGCAUCCGAGGUACUUGAACGUUUCAGUGAUGCUGCUUUGGAUCACCCAGGCAGUACUUUACUAUUAUAACUAUCAAUGUUAUUGAUCAGUCGUCCCGGCUGAUUUAUCUGCAGGGUUUUAUCUUUUUAAUUCAUUUCGUUAAGAGUCCAUCCACAGAAAACCUUUUAGCCACGCUAACGAGGACCUGCAGUAUUUCAGAGUGAUUAUUCAUAAGAAUAUUUAUAAUUACCAUAUGCAUUAAAGAUGACUUAUCUUAUUUACAUGUCUCAUUGUUCAUGGGGUUUCCAGCCCCUGGUUUUAAGAUACAUGCCACACAAAGGCUUCUUUUACAUUUAUUUCAGUUUUUAUACACAUCUACAUAUUUACAAAAAAUAGCCAACAUAUAUCAUAAAGAACUUCAAAGAAAACGUUGUCAACCCAAAACUGGCGGCCCCCACGACAAUCACACACAGUCACGUGACUCAAAGACCACAAAACAUUCUAACAACUCACGCAAAGGAAUACAAAAAGCAUACAAGGCCUAUCACGCUAUCUGCAACACGUCUAACACACACACACACACACACACACACACACACACACACACACACACACACACACACACACACACACACACACACACACACACACACACACACACACACACACACACACACACCG